UAAAAACGGCUCCUUCUUUCAAUUCAAAAACUCCUUUCAGUUUCAAGUGAUCGUCUCCCUCAACAACAUCACCUGCGCCUUUCAGUUUUUUUUUUUCUUGUUGCAUUCUCACAUGGCGGUUCUCUACUCCUCUUCCUCCUCAAAACCAACUCCAUCAUCAUCUUCCUCCUCUCGUCUUUUCUUGCUAGUGACCCUUCUUCCUCUCUCAUUAGCCUCCUUCGCCUUCCUCCUCCAAUGGCGCGGCGAAAUCAACGAUUCGGUUACGCAGUGGUUUACUGAUAACCAUAAAUUCCCUGGAAUGGCCACCGAUCCCGAGAAACGGUCUCUCCGGUCUGAUUCGGGAUGCGUUUCUCUUCUGGGCCAAAGCCAUGCUCCAUCGUUUCCUUAUCUCCGGGAUCUGAAGCUCGAGCACAAGCCAGAUCUGAAACCUAGGAUAUGUAUUACGACGACUACUUCUGCUGGGUUAGAGCAGACACUGCCAUGGAUAUUCUACCACAAGGUCAUUGGAGUUUCAAACUUUUAUCUAUUCGUUGAAGGCACUGCUUCUUCCCCAAACGUGUCUCGAGUUUUGGAAACCAUCCCUGGUGUAAGAGUUAUAUACAGGACAAGAGAAUUAGAGGAAGAGCAAGCUAAAAGCCGGAUUUGGAAUGAGACAUGGUUGGAGAAAUUCUUCUACAAACCUUGUAAUUACGAAUUAUUCGUGAAACAAAGCUUGAAUAUGGAAAUGGCUAUCACCAUGGCAAGGGAUGCUGGUAUGGAGUGGAUACUGCAUCUCGACACUGAUGAGCUUGUGCAUCCUUCUGGAACCCGUGAAUAUUCGUUAAGAAAUCUGUUCAGAGAUGUUCCUUCACAUGUGGACGCAGUUAUCUUUGAAAAUUACGAGAGCAGCGUCGAGCGAGAUGACAUCAAGGAACCUUUCAGUGAGGUAUCAAUGUUCAAGAAGAGUUAUUAUCAUCUUCCAAGAGAGGUUUACUUUGGAAGCUAUAAAGAGGCAACUCGUGGCAAUCCAAACUAUUUUCUUACAUAUGCAAAUGGAAAAUCCGCUGCUCGGAUUCAAGACCAUCUUCGGCCCAACGGUGCUCAUCGUUGGUUUAACUACAUGAAGUUCCCAAAUACAAUUAAACUGGACGAAGCUGCGAUUCUGCACUACACUUACCCAAGAUUUUCAGAUCUUACUUCAAGACGUGAUCGAUGUGGCUGCAAACCAACUAGAGAGGAUGUCAAGAGAUGUUUCAUGCUUGAAUUUGACAGAGCUGCAUUCAUCAUUGCUUCAACUUCAACUUCAGAGGAAAUGCUUCAAUGGUACAGAGAACGAGUUGUUUGGACUGACGAGAAAUUGAAACAGAAACUUCUUAGGAAAGGAAUCCUCACUCGCAUUUAUGCACCAAUGGUUAUAAUCCAAGAGCUAAGAGAAGCUGGUGUUUUCAGCUCGGUGGUAACCUCAGCUCACAUGUCUUUCUCAAAGAACAAAAACAACUCUUCUUCAAUCUCAAGCAUUUCUAGAGAAUCAUCUCAAGCAACUGUUAGGAAAGUGUUGGAGUUUAACCUUGAUGAUGAUCUUGACGGUGAAUCUCAAGCAGCACCGCCGAAAUCACCUCCAAGCUUGGAAACAACGCAAAGUGUUUAAAUCUUUACUUUGUAGUAGGGAUAAUUUCAAUUUUGCAGAGAGAUGAAAAUGAGAUGUUAUGUACAUUUCUUCAAGUUUUUUUUUUUCUGCUUAGGUUUAUUAUAACAAGAAGAUUGUUAUAGCAGACUUUGUGGAUCUCCUUGGUCCAUUUAUAUACAUUCUAUCCAAAAUGUUUGGUUUCAUCUCCUUUUCCUCUUGUCAACAGAAUGAAUCAUCUUAAUGCUUACAGUCUCUGUGACCCUGUCAUGUUAAAGAAGACCAAAGUGAAGAAAGUUCGGCAGGCGCGUGUGAUAUACGCGUCUGAAUGGAUUGAGCGAGUGAAACUGGGAAUCGCGUUGUAAAUAGACGCUCUGUUUUGGCGGUUCUUUUUCCCCCUUCCUCUCGCUUAUGUGCGGCUCUUUAUCGAUGAACAAGGUACUUCAGUUAGGUCUGCAGAGCUCUGUCAUCAAUGUCGCCAAGUUUCUUGUGGUGCCUCUUAGGAGUUUAAGAGUUGGUUCAUCUGUUGUUGGUGUUGGAGUAGGAACAAUAAGUUUCAACAAGAGGCUUAUGUCAAGCGCGACGGCUAAAUCUAGAACUUUCUUUAUCAACAACAGCAAGGGAAAGGAAUUGAAGAUUGCAGCAGCAGCUACUGGACGGAAUUGUCAUCAGAUGGUUGGUGCUAAUGCUGGAAGUGAUAGUGAUAGUGAUGAAAUGGGAAAUGUUCAGGAUGAUGAAAAGCAAAUCGAGGCCAUGACUGUUCAAGAACUUAGAUCCACACUGAGGCAAGCUUAUGCUCUCUUUUUUUCUCUCUUUCUUCUUCCUGCUUUGAAACUUGGGCUACCUGUGAAAGGACGCAAACAAGAACUUAUCUCAACUUUACGACUCCAUAUGGCGGAUGAAAGUUCUGGUGCAGAGAAAAAGGAAACUACUUCGUCCACCUGUUCAGAAAGUUUCACUACCAAAAGAAAGACCAGAAACAAGGAAGAGCCUACUGAAGAUGACUGCAAUGGCCAUGGAGAGAGAAGAGUAAAACAGUCUACUGAGAAAAACAUGAAAGCUAAAGCUAUCUCAAUUGAUCGGAAGUCGAUGAACAAAACAGGUAAGCAGGAAUCUCUGUUAAAAGAGGAAGAAGCAACAUUGACCAUUUCUAGCGAAGUCCUUAAAACGGAUGAAAACGUCUCAUCCUCGAGUCAAAGUGAACCGUGGACGGUACUUGCCCAUAAGAAGCCUGAGAAAGACUGGAAAGCUUAUAACCCAAAGACAAUGAGACCUCCUCCUCUACCAGAGGGUACCAAGUGUGUGAAGGUUAUGACUUGGAAUGUUAAUGGACUCAGAGCACUGCUGAAGUUAGAGAGCUUCUCUGCUCUGCAGCUUGCCCAAAGAGAAAAUUUUGAUGUCUUGUGCUUGCAGGAGACUAAAAUCCAGGUGAAGGAUGUUGAGGAAAUCAAGAAAACUCUUAUUGAAGGCUAUGAUCAUAGUUUCUGGUCCUGCAGCGUCUCAAAACUUGGUUACUCUGGAACUGCGAUUAUUUCACGGAUUAAACCGCUCUCGGUUAGAUAUGGUACUGGUCAAUCUGGAUCAGAUCAUGACAUGGAAGGGCGCAUUGUGACUGUUGAAUUCGACUCAUUCUACUUGAUAAGCACCUAUGUCCCUAACUCCGGAGAUGGCUUAAAAAGACUGUCAUACAGGAUUGAAGAAUGGGAUCGAGCACUCAGCAAUUACAUCAAAGAGCUGGAGAAGUCUAAACCUGUAGUCUUGACUGGUGAUCUAAACUGUGCUCAUGAAGAAAUCGACAUCUUCAAUCCCGCGGGGAACAAAAGAAGUGCUGGUUUCACAAUAGAAGAACGAGAAUCCUUCGGAGCAAACUUCUUAGACAAGGGGCUUGUGGAUACCUUUAGAAAACAACAUCCUGGUGUUGUUGGUUACACUUAUUGGGGUUAUCGCCAUGGUGCCCGCAAAACCAACAGAGGAUGGAGACUGGACUACUUCUUGGUAUCUGAAUCGAUCGCAGCAAAUGUCCAUGAUUCUUACAUUCUCCCUGAUAUCAACGGCAGUGACCAUUGCCCCAUUGGCCUUAUUCUCAAGCUCUGAUAUAUUCAAAGCUUCCCGAGUGUUUUUGGGUGUUUUGGUUACAGUUCUGAAUGGGUUUCUGCAAGAGAUUCACUAUUCACUAGUUUUUUUGCUUCAAACAGAACAAAGUUUCUAUCAUCUUCUAAGUUGUAUUCACACAGUUUUAUUUCUCCUUCACGAGUUAACAAUCCCGCUUGGUUUUUGCAUGCUAAUUAUUUAUCUUAUAUCAAAGAAAAAAAGAUCACAUGAUCAUCACCGCACUGACAAUUUUCAUAUUGUACAUGUUUUUUUCUCACAAUACAAUGUUCUGUUUACGCCAUAGAAAUAGCAAAACAUCACAGACAAUCAACUCUCUUUGUUUAUAUCGAAUCUUACAUAGCUGCAACGGCGGAGGCAAUGAUGGGUUGAUGAGAAGAAGACUUGUCAAGGGCAAUGCCAUUGCAGACGUCAAAGCCAUACCAAACGGAGUUAGGCAAGAAGAUGUUAUAGUAGAAAGUGACUGAUCUGAUGGAUGAGCCGUAGAUCUUCACGUUCUCCGGUUUCCAGCCGUCGGAUCCUUGCCUGAGGAGGUGGAGAUAACAGACGUCGCGCAUACACGGUCCAUUUAUCUUGUAUGUGUCUGAAGAACACUUUUCAAAUGUCCUCGAGUGUGGAUCGUCUAGUCUCUUCACGUAUACCUGAUCACCAAACACAUCACCAAACGCGAUACUAAUCUUAUCUCUGGUGUAAGAGACAGAGGAACAGCUUGUCUUAAUGACCACCGUGUAAGAACACACACGCGCAUUCUGAACUUGGGUUUAGGGAGAAACGAAUCAAUCGGACGAGGUUUUGUGGUGAUGAAGGAUCUCGCAGAGGAAGAAGAGGUGGCGAAAGAGAAUAACGCAAACAGGAACAAAGAAAGCGCUAAUCUGAGCAUUUUCAGUUAAUCUGUCUGUUGUUGAAAAGGUAUGGAGAUGAACAGCAAGAAAGGUCAGAUCUUUUUUUUUUGUUGUGUGGACAAAAAGGUUUAAAAAAAAGUCUGAUCAUAGUGGUUUGGACUUUGGACGAAGCAAUUAUCUAGAGAGACACGAGGAUCACGUUCUUUUUUAAUUAUUGGGGAAUUUAUUGUUUGUUUGUCACAAUCCAAUUGGUGUUUCUUUUGCCAACUAAGAAUUUUUAACUGUCUUUUUAGUGUCGUUAUGCAUAAUAGGAUAGGUUUG